UGCAUCUCUAAUGAUUCUGAUAAUAAUCAACUUGGGCAUCUACCUUUAAUUCGUAUUGAACUCUAUUGUGAAAAAACCUUUGAAACAUGGGAAGAAUAUCAAGAGACACUAGAACAUUAUGCACAGGGUGGUGAUGCUGCAAAUCUUUUACAGUACUUUGAAAAAGAGCAUGCCAAGAACCCCGAUUGGUAUGUUCAAUCAUGGAUUGAUCCAGAAACAAAUAGAUUACAGGGAGUCCAGCCUGGCAAAUUUAUGAUCGAUGCAGACCUAGGUCUUGAAAAUAAUUUAACUUUAGAAGUGGUUAAUAAUGGACCAAUUGAAUUUGAAUAUGAUUUUCAACAAAUACGGUUUAAUGAACUUUUCGAAAGGGUUGAUUAUUCUUUAAUUGCUGAGGUUUGGGAAGUUCAAUCAAUCGAGUAUAAGUUAUAUGUUGGACAAAACUCUGAAAAAGCCUACUUUCAUAUUUCUCUUAUUCCAAAAUAUGCGAUGAUUAAUGAUGAGCCAUUUGUUAGAGGAAAGUCAUUGGAAGACAACAGUUCAACAUCGUCCUUGCCUUCUUUUUUGGACGUUGUUAAUUCGUGGAGUACUAUGCUUAUUGAACCUCCAUUACAAACUACAGCAAAAGCAAUUGGCUGUAAACAAUCAAUUAAAGGAUCAUUACUUGGACUUGCUCAUAAAUAUGUAAAAUUGGUUAAUUAUGAUGAUUUGAAUGAUUCAGACAUUUUAAUGAAAAUAUUUAAGGAAUGGAUACAUACACAUGAGGAAGGACAAUGUAACAAACAAACCAUAGAACAGAACAAUCAAGUAAUUAAAUCUGAUCAAGAUACUGAAACCACACAACUAGAUAUUCAGAAUCCACUUAAACAUAUUGGAAAAGGGUGUCCUCCUAAAAGGCAAAUAAAAUCAGCAAUUGAACAAUCAAAAAAAAGUAAACAUUCAGCUGAUACUUCGUCCUGUGCUUCUUGUCAGUGUAGUAUUUGCAAAAGUAAGGAAUAUGAUAAAUGA